GUUGAUAUCAACAUGGCGCUUGUCAGACAGACAAAGACAGUCGGUCUGGUGUGAUUGAGCCAAAAAAAAAAAAGCCCAAAAAAAAAGAGAGGGAGCGGGCGAGGAGGAGGGAGCGGCAGGAGGAGCGCCGGGCGGGGAGGGGGCUGUGUCCUCGGGGGGCGUGGGGGGGCUGAGGGAUUUCCUCCCCCCUAUUGUUCUCGUCCCUCCGCGCCCCCCGUUAAUCUCCCCUCAACCUGGGGCGGGGGCGGGCGGGGGGACCCCCCCAGUCCCGCCGGUCCAUGGUGAGGCGGAGGCGCCGGCAGCACCCAGAGAAUGGUGAAUAACACUGAAGACCCUCAAGAGGCUUUGUAACGUCCCAUCCUCAUGUAAAGUAUGCUCAGAACUUUUCCAGUAGUCCUGCUGGAAACCAUGUCUCACUACACAGACGAGCCAAGAUUCACCAUAGAGCAGAUCGACCUCCUGCAGCGCCUGAGACGCACGGGAAUGACCAGGCAUGAGAUCCUGCACGCCCUGGAAACCUUGGACCGUCUGGACCAAGAGCACAGCGACAAAUUCGGGAGAAGAUCCGGCUACGGGGGCGGCUCCUACGGCAACAGCACCAACAACGUGCCGGCGUCGUCCUCGACGGCCACGGCUUCCACGCAGACGCAGCACUCGGGGAUGUCGCCGUCCCCGAGCAACAGUUACGACACCUCCCCACAGCCUUGCACUACGAAUCAGAACGGGAGGGAGAGUAACGAGAGGUUGUCUGCCUUCAACGGGAAGAUGUCGCCCACCCGCUACCCGCUGGCCAACAGCCUGGCCCAGAGGUCCUACAGCUUCGAGGCUUCCGAGGAGGACUUGGACAUCGACGACAAAGUGGAGGAGCUGAUGAGGAGGGACAGCAGUGUGAUAAAGGAGGAAAUCAAAGCCUUCCUCGCCAACCGGAGAAUUUCCCAAGCAGUUGUUGCACAGGUAACAGGUAUCAGUCAGAGCCGGAUCUCCCAUUGGCUGUUGCAGCAGGGGUCGGACCUGAGUGAACAGAAGAAAAGGGCAUUUUACAGAUGGUACCAGCUUGAGAAGACAAAUCCUGGGGCUACACUAAGCAUGAGACCCGCUCCCAUCCCAAUAGAAGAGCCAGAAUGGAGACAGACGCCUCCCCCAGUCACAGCUACCUCUGGGACCUUCAGACUACGGCGAGGCAGUCGGUUCACGUGGAGAAAGGAGUGCCUGGCUGUUAUGGAGAGUUACUUCAAUGAGAAUCAAUAUCCCGACGAGGCAAAGAGAGAAGAAAUUGCCAACGCCUGUAAUGCAGUUAUACAAAAACCAGGAAAAAAGUUGUCGGAUUUGGAGCGAGUUACCUCCCUCAAAGUGUACAACUGGUUUGCCAACAGGAGGAAGGAGAUCAAGAGAAGAGCCAAUAUUGAAGCAGCAAUCCUGGAGAGCCAUGGAAUAGAUGUACAGAGUCCAGGAGGUCACUCCAACAGCGACGACGUGGACGGCAACGACUACUCGGAGCAGGACACUUGGCAAGUACGCAACGGGGAGGAGGAGGGACGGUGUUCCGAGGGAGGCAGAGAAGCAGAGAAGGUAGAAGAAGACAGGAGGAUCUGCUCCAAACAAGAUGACAGCACUAGCCAUAGUGACCACCAAGACCCCAUUUCCUUAGCAGUGGAGAUGGCAGCAGUCAACCACACCAUCCUGGCGCUGGCCCGGCAAGGAGCCAACGAGAUCAAGACAGAGGCUCUGGACGACGACUGAUGCCAAGAGAGGGGAGGGUCAAAGCAAGAAGUAACUUAGUUUUAGACGUAGCACCUUAGCAGACUUUCCUCAGUCCUUAAUAUGUGUUCUUACAGUAUAACUUUGCAGUUUCUUGUACGUCAGUUAGCUGUUAGGGUCUUGUUCUGUGAAGAUGGCAUGGUGCCCUCAGCCUUUGCAUAUACUCUCUCAGUAUUAAUUCCCAAUAAAUAAUCAAUCAACCAACCAACCUCCCUCUCCCAGCCCCCAGUGGCUAGAAAGGUAAAAUUAAAAAAAAAAAACAAAAAAAAGAAAAAAAAAAGAGAAAAAAAAAAUCUUGCUGCUCUGUCUUAGCAUUCAAAGUGCUUCCAGGUAUUUUAGACAGCCCUCAAUUACAAGUCUUUAGGCUACACUUAAAAUCUUGGAUAACCUUAGAGAUGGUGUUGAAGCCGAUAGUCCGUACGCUUUCCCUGCCCUGAGACUGAAAGGAUGCAAGCUGAGGUAGUGGCACAGGGUCGAUGGACACCAGACUGGGAGUAUCAACAGAGAGUAAAAAGAACACUUAGAAACCCCACUCCAGCAUGGGAAUAAAUGAUUUCCAGCUGCAAUAAGCCGUGCCUCACUGGUCAUACAGUGACUCCGUUUACUUUUCGGGUGCUGUGCCGAGAAUGUCCAUUGGAAACACAUUCCCACAUUUCAGUUGAUGCUCACAUGUUCAGCACAGACAUCCUCUGCUCUCACAAGCUGCGUGGCUUAGUGGAGAAGUGCUGCCUUCUGCCUCUGCGACCGUGGUUGAAGCCCAGCCUGGGAUCAAAUGAAAAAUGAGCUGAAUGUCUAAAUGGACAAGAGUCCACUUCUCAGAACCACUGCUCGUUCUUGGCAUGGCUGGCAGUGCCUGCUCAGAAGAGGUCUAGACUCUUAGCCAUCUGUCAUUAACAAUUUCACCUUUAAUUCCUCCUCUCUCACCUUUUCUGUCCCCGCUCUGCUCCCCUCUCCACUUUGCCACUUUCGAAAGCAGUGUUUUCCAGGAAGGUUGUUAAGGUCCUAAAAUGGGUGAGUGGAUUUUUACACGCCUGUGUAAGUAAUGCCUACAUCCUGACUAGCCUGAAAGGUUACUGGAGAAUUCAACAUCUGACCUUUGCUAGAUAACCAUCAGAGCAUAAAUAUUCUCCUAAAUACGAACUUCUUUUGUUUGUUUGAAGGCAGGAGGAUCUCUUACCUGAGAAAUGGGGUGUGAAUGUUUUGUGUUCUCUUUACUCUGUCUUUGUUAAGGUGUGAGAAAGCUAUACUGCUACGAGCAAUUUAAUUAAUAAUUGGAAGCCAUACUGAUAAUGGAUGUGGUAAUAUUUGUAAAGCAAACCUACUCUAAGUAGCAGGAACUAAUGGAAUUGUUUUCCUUGAUCAUAUGUAGCACUUUUGUUACUUUUUUCUUAAAGAUAUUUAUAUUUGAUAAGUCUUUUUUUUAUCAUUUGAGAAUUCCAAAUACCAAACAGCGAACUUGCAUUACAGAGUCACCCUGCGAUCACCUUGUCAUCUAGUAUCUAAAUGAUGAACUGUGUGUGCAUCUAAGAAAAUUACAUCUGCUAGCAUUGUGUGGAAAUGAUCUCCUGGCAUCCUGAUAAAAUGAUAUGUUGCUGCCGGUAAGAGGAAACGUUUGGAUGGAAACAGCACGAGAAGCGUUAGAGACGGGCAGGGCUGUGUUACAUUAACAGAGAACAAAUUCAAAACCUACGGAAAUUUUUGUAUGGAGACACAUAUAGAAAAGUUUGCAUAGCAUUUCCCUCCACGUUCCUCUUUAUCUUCCCAGUUUGUGUGGGGAUAGCCUAAAGAGGGGAAAACAGCUCAAGGAUGGGUUUCGCUUUGCUCCCCUCUGCUUUGGAGGUGGAGCAAGGGGAAAUUCCUGUUACUCGCCUUGUUCUCAUCCCUUCCUCCCUCUUAACCCUCAGAGAGGUUCGUGAUGGCUGCAGUGUGGCUCCUCAGCGGGUUUUGAGCCAGGCUGAGCCCUCCAGCUCAGCUUUUCCUCUGUCCCUGUGGAGCAAACUGCUUUCCCAUGUGCUGGGGAGAUCCUGUGCUCUCAGAGGGCACCGCCGUGCCACCUCUCUGUCCCUUGGAAGAUCUAUAGGUAGGGCUUGGCCUCGACUUCCACUUAUGGAUUUCAUUGGAGAAUUUAUGUGCUUUCCUUAGAUACAGAUCACUGGAGCAGAAUGAAGCCGUCUUUUUUUCCUGUUUUAUUGCAUUUCUUGAGUAGGCAAAUUCAUGAGUAGCGUCAGGGCGGACUCAGGAAAGGCAGGACUUGGAUCAGUGACCAUUGCUCCACUGCAGUUAUUUUCUUACUGCCUGUAUGAAUGUUUUGGUACUUAGGAGUGAAAGGAUGGGGAGAGCUUUUAUUUCUAUUUUUGCACAGCAGAAUGAUCGAGCAAACUCGAGCCUUAGUGGAAUUUUACCUACUUAUUCAUUCCACAGUCACACACUGAGCUGACAAGCAACAUCCACGAUUUAUAGUAAGGAGAUUUUAAUAAUCGAUGACCUCUUUACGUUGGGCUUGCCACCACCAUUUGUUCUGGCUGUUUCAUUUUAAAAAGAACAGACUCAAACUGUUGGACAGCUGCAAUUUUAAAAGAAAUAUUGCUUAUUGCUUACUAUAGUAUCUGUAAAAAAAAAAGGCAUUGUUUGAGGCUUUGCCUUUUUAAAGCAAUAGGGAAGAAUAAAAAUAGCAUUAUAACUUCUGUAUCCUGAUUAUAGGUUCAUGUGAUGCAGGAUCAAAGUAACACCAUUGAAAUUGUGUGUCUGUACCAUCUAAUGUAGAAUAAUCUGGUCUUAAUUCUGUUUGUCACUGUCAGGAAGCUGCUGACAUCCCACACAGCAUCUUCUCUGAAGGUUAAACAGGUAAAAAGUCCCUUGUGAGCAACUGGAGAUUGGCAGAUCUUCCUGGGCUGUAAACACCCAGUUUUUUACCUUCCCACAUUGUCAUCUUACUAGGGAAAAUGUCAAAUUUUUGGGGCAUCAGCCCCUUGGUUCUGUGGGGUCAGUGUUUGGGGUGUGUCUGUUCCAGCUUCUCCUUGGGCAUUGGGAGGUAUGAGGAACAAGUGGUACCUCAGAGGAAGGGGUGGCACCUCAGCUGUCCCCAGGUGCUCCUGGCAGGUCGUUCCCUUCAUUCUGGAAGUUCAUAAGGAGCCAUUUGCAGCUGGUCAGUCCCUUUUUGGUUUGAGGUGAAUUUUCUGUAAUGAGACAGGUGCUGAUGUGAUGGUACCGAGACGAUCUGGAGUAAGUGAAAGAAUCGAUGGAGUGUGUGUCCUGGAAUUCAGGAAUCCUGGAAUUCUUUCUUUUGGGGUUUUUUCCACAAUAUGGGAGUUGUCUUUGUCUUUCUGCCUGUGGGCUGCCUUGGAAAUGAAGCCUCAUUGGGUAGCAGUGCAGUGGAGUGGCAGUUUGUUGUAGCCAGGCUGGAGUCACUGCAGUUUGUUCCCUUGAAGUGGCUCUGGUGGCAGAUCUGAGCUACCUUUUUGUUCUGUGAACAGAGAAGAAGUUCAUUUAAGAAGCUCCUCAUCUGUGAUGGUCACAGAUUGCUUUUACCUUCUUAGAGUGAGUUCUGGCUGAUAUUUUGUCCCUCAUAAAGUCCUUUUACUUGAGUUGUUGUCUCUGACCGUCUUCUUAAAACAACAAUUUCUACCUCCACUUCUUUUCUGGAUUGUUUUGGUGUUGGGUAUUUUUUUAGUUCCCCCACCCUUUUUCCUGAAGUAUGAGAUCCCAAACAUUUGCAAAAGCCUUAUGAGUUGAUAAAAAUCAGCAGAUUUGUUUUCUGUUGAAUACUCUGCAGGCACACAUGUGGUUACAGUGAAAUCCUGUGCUGGAUGUGAGUCUGCAGUGCACCCUUGCAGCAAUUAAGGAAUCUCAUUAAGAGCCUUCAGGAGGUCAUGGAAAGGGUUUGGACCCCUCUGUCCAUCAGUUCUGGAGUCACUGAAUGGGCAGGAGGGGGCAGGUGGGAGGGUUGGAGCACAUGUCACAUAGUGGGAGAUUGCAGGAGCUGGGAUUGUCCAGGCUGGCUCUGGGGACAUCCCAGAUUUUGGGUUUUAACUGUCUUAAUAAAUUAGUUUUACCUAGUGCAGGAUCAGGAGUUGGACUUUGAUGAUCCUUUUGGGUCCCUUCCAACUCAGGAUAUUCUGUGAUUCCAGAGAAGACAGAGCCAGGCUCUUCUCAGAGGUGCCCAGCAAACCCUGAGGGGCAGAGGGCUAAAGCUGCAUGAAGGAAAAUCCCAGAUGAGUAUAAAUAGAAGUAUUUUCAUGCUCAGUGCUAGAAAUGGCCCAGAAAGUCAGUGAAAUUCCCAUCCUUGGGGAUACUCAAAACUCAACUGGACAGGGUUGGAUUAGAGACCUCCAGAGGUUCUUUUCUGACCUAAAUUAUUCUCUGAUUCUGUGCAGACCUGCUCAGGCUGAGGUGUUCCCUAGUUCUGAUUUGUACAUGUUGACUUGUUUAAAGAAAUCCUGGUAAUUUGUUGGGGGUUUUUUCUGUUUUGCUGUUCAUAAAAAUUAUCUUUUCUAGUUUACUAAUAGAGGGGAGCUUUAUUUGCAGGGUCUGGCUCCAGGCUCCAAUCAAGCCAUAAGUUAGAGAUUUCGUUAAUUAUUUGCUCUGUUUACACAGUUCUUCAGGGAUAUUUGACUUAUUCUGUUUGUUUCAUUACCUAACGUCAGACUGGUAAGUUUUUUCAUGUUUUUGUAACAUUUGUGAUUUGUAGAUCAGUUUUUGCCUUCAUUUGUGAAGAUUUAUCUUUGUCUUGCUGCUGUGAGUGCAAGUGAGAAACUCAACAUAGCUGAGCCUAUUUCAGGAAAAAUUUGGAUUAACUCAAGACCACUGGUGACUGCUGUGGUGAGCCAGAAAUUUUGGGUCAGUAAAUCACAAAUUGGUGAUUAUUAAGAGCUGAAAAUUGAUUGGGAAAAAGUCAGAUUAUGCUCACUUGGAUCCCCCUUUCCUUAUGCUGUUGGCCACUUCUAGAAAAAGCAGUGUGAUAGUUGAAAUAGAUUUUAUUUUUCAUAAAGAUAAACCCACUAAAAUUGAGUAAGAAUUUUUCAAACUCAGAGUUGCUGCCUUGAUGCAGGAUGUUGGUUCCCUGUGCAUGUUCCUAACUGGAAUCCAGAGCUGGAGUCACAUUUUCCUUUGCAGAUUCCUAAAUUCACUGUGAGACCCUGCCCAUAGUCCUGAGCUGGGAGCGUUCAGCUGGGGGUGGUUUCCAACCCCUCCCCUGCUUUUUAAUUUAUCCCUGCUCAUUUUAAUUAAUAUUUAUAAUAAUGUUCCUCCUCCCACUCCAGCUCCAUCAUGGCGCAGCCCCCACUUCCCAGUGCUCAUCAGCUUCUUUCAAACUCCUUGUGUGAUAACCAGCAAAUUUUAGGGGUUUUUUUGUUAAAAUUUUGCUUUUAUUUUUGCUCACUCACUUGAGUGAGUUUUCUCACUCAAGUAGCUCUUGCACUCUUUGAAGUUAUUUAACUUGACAAUAUUAUUUUGAACAAAGUCUUAAGCUUGUAGGCAAUAAUCUUUGGUUUGGUGCAGCUUUUGGCAGGAAUAUUUGUUGGCAGGAUUGGUCUUAAAAUUGUGUUACAUGUCAGUGACCUUAAUAUAUGUUCCUUCCAUGGAUUUUGUGUGUUUGUAGCAGCAGUCAGGGGUUGGAUCCUGAUCCCAGCUACUUUAAUAGAGUUUUGUGGAGUUUUCACUGUGAUUCCUUGGAAGGGAAGGUUGAUGGCCUGACCAAAAAAAUACCUUGCAGUUCCUGAGAAGAUAUUUCAACCUAAAACAUUCCCCUUUGGGCUUUUGAGCAGCUGGGAUAUUUACUCAGGAUAUUGGAUCAGUUAUUGGCCAAAAGGGAUUUGGUACAGCCCUAAAACCUUCAUUUCUGCCUCUCUUGCUGCUGUCACAUUUAUGGGGUUUAAACUGUCUGACUAAAGACGUUGCACAUUCAUGAAAACCAGAGGCAUUCUAGAGAUGGCAGCUACAAAUCCAAAUUUAAAAUACACUGAAAUUAUCUUUUUUUUUUUUCCUUUGUGAGAAAUGUGUUACAACUAGAGGAGCGUGGUUGGGUGUUUUGAGGACUGUCAGUAAGGUGACAGUGAUUUGAUGUUGGUUUUUGUCCAACAAACGUAAAUCAAAUCAAACCAAUGGAAGUUUUAUCUCAGUGGCAGCAGUGAGGCAGAGGGACAAAAAUUUAAACUCUUUUACUAAAGAGUUUGUUGCUAUCCUUGGCCUUAGGUUUUGUCACUUAAAAAUAGCCCGGAAUUGUUUGUUCUGUAGUUUAUAUCAGAGAAUUGUGGAGUGGGUUGAGUGGGAAGGGAUUUUAAAGAGCAUCCAGUCCCACCCAUGCCAUUGACAGGGACACCUUCCACUAUCCCAGCUUGCUCCAAUGGCCUUGGACAUUUCCAGGGAUGGAGCAGCCCCAACUGCCACGGAGCUUGAAAAGAAUUUGCCGUUUGAAACACGGGGGAGAUAAUUCACAAAACAUUUUAAAUGUCCCUUUCAAUCAGGCUGAUGUAGAAAAGAACCGCUGGGCUUGAUGGCUGCAGCGUGGAGCUCUUUCCCAUUCUUUCAGGGAGGUCUGGAGUGCUCCAGCCAAGAGCUCGAGCAGGAAUGAACUGAAACCAUUGAGCUGGAGCGGGCUGGUGAUGGGCCUUUGAUGUUUCUGUAUGUGCAGAACAUCUCUCCCUCAGCUGCCUUGGCAGAAGCCUCCCUCUGCCAUUUAUUCCCUCUGUGCUCAAUGGCAGCGGGUGUGUUCUGCUGAUCAAAACACCCAGCACACUUGUGCUGAAUCCUUUCAGGCUGCAGCCAGGGUAAUUGGGAUGGGCAGGAUAAAUGCAUGGGAGUAUGGCAGUCACAGCGAUGGCAGCUCCUUUCAAUGCCUGGGUGUCCCUGACGGGUAAUUAGCAGCUUUGGAACUGCGGGGAUUGGCAUGGCCGUGAUUAAAAGGAUUUCUGUCUUUUCUGUGAUUGAAAACAGAAGAUCUCCCGCCCCCUAAUUCUCUUUUAAUGCCGGUGUUAUUAGUGACACUUGGAACACAGCUCCUCUGUAAACUUAAAUAAUGACCUCGGUGAAUGGUGACUUACAGCAGCAGGGACUGAAGCGAGCUCGGUUUCUAUGCAAGGCUGCUCCUCCCGGUUCUGUGUUCCUGCUCCGCGUGCGUGUCACUCCCAGCGAGUUUGGGACACAAAGAGGACAUUUGGUGGUGUGACAGCCUGGGGACAGAUUGCCAGGGCCUGGUUUAGCUCUUCUGGCUCAUUUCGGAUUUAAGGAGAUGAAGAGGAUGAGCCAUGAGCUCCACUGGACUCAUCCUGAGUUUUCCUUGGAGCAGGGAAUGUCCCUGGAAUCUUGGGCGCCAUUCCAAAUUGCCAUUCCCUGUUUGGAAGCUUUGUCAGCACUUCUUGCUGUGUUCUCCUCCAACUCUGCUCUCUCAACUCACACAGUGUAGUGAUGGGAGCUAAUUCCCCUUUUUCCUUCAAAAAAAUCCCAAAAUUCCCCCCACAGGAGAGCUGCUGGACGCCAUCCUUGCCAUUCACCCAGGAUAUCUGGUGGUGACCCAAAAUAUCAUCAUUUUCCCCUGAUCUGUUGCUGUAGUCUCCAGAAGCAUCUGCCCUAGGGUGUUCUGUGCCUUUUAAAUCUGUUUUUGUGAGUAUCUGUUGCCCACUGAGCACUGCAGAGCCUGUGCUCCAUUUCUGCCCUUAAGUUUCUUGACCAGAUUUUGCCAUAGUGCUGUUCUCCCCUUACCAGGCAGGUUUCCACAUUUUGUUGGCUUGUAAAGAUGCUUAGAGGGACUCUUGAGCCAAAUUUAGUAAAACUAACAGCUUCCUAUCACCAAAAAAUCCUCGAGAGAAUUUAGGGACUUCCUUAGGCUUUUAUUUAAAUCUUCCAGUUACUUUUCAGCUUCUUUGCACUGAAAUCCUUGUGAAUCCCAGUUCAGAGCAGACCUGUGGCUGUGGGUACUUCAGUUCUUCGAGCACAGUUCCCACUGCACUCACAGUGCCAAUGGGAACAACUUCUGUUUUAGAAAAUACAUUUUUAGAUAUUCACUUGCUGCUGUCACUGGCCUCAAUUCAGCUUCCCCGUCCUCCUCUCCCUUCUCCUUAACUAAUUAAAGUCUUCCAUGUUAUGGCAAGAUGGCAGAUGUAGCUUAAAUAACCCACCUCUUUAAUUAAGAGGUUGGAUUCAGCCUUCUGAGAUAUAUUUGACAUCAUUUGAGAUUUAAAAAUACAUUUUACUUACACAGUUUAUCCGUCAGAUCGCUCAAGGAGGGCAAAGAGAUAAUGAAAGUAAAUUAUUAAUUAAUAUUUCUCACCCAGUAUAUUCCAUUAAGAAUAUUAAGCAUUUAUUCCAUUCCUCAAAGCACGUUUGACUCUGGAUAGAAUUUUUUUUAUUAAGUCUGCCUGCUGAUGAAGUUUUUGCUGUCUCUCUUUGACAGGGCUGUAGGGACAGGGUGGAAAAAACCCUUCAGGAGCUAACCAGAGCCAGGAAUUCCAAAUAUCACCUCACUGACCAGGUUUCCCAUUUCCUUUAUGCAUUGUGGACAGAUCUUUUCAAGCCCAACAGGCUGUCCCUGACACAUCCAAGCUGCUUGAAAAGAAUUGGUGAAAUUAUGGAGUGAAAACAGCAGCAGGAGCAUCUCCACCUCCAGGGUUUGGAGUGGAGUGGGAUGAGUUUGGGUUUGGAAUGGUGAAGGAAUUCAAGAUGUUGCUGGGGUAUUGCAGAGCAUCUGGAACUGCUCCCUGAAAGGGGGAAACACCUUGGGAUCUUUGUUGGUGAGAGAAUUGAAGUGGUUUAGGAGCUGUCCCUGGAAUUUGUGCUUGUGUUCAUUUUCUCACAGAGGUCGUUCAGAGAAUCCUGGAAUGGUUUGGAUGGGAAGGGCCAUUAAAUCCAUCCCAUCCCAUCCCUGCCAUGGGCAGGGACACCUUCCACCAUCCCAGGGUGCUCCAAGCCCCAUCCAACCUGGCCUUGGACGCUUCCAGAGAUCCAGGGGCAGCCACAGCUGCUCUGGGAAUUUCAUCACAACCACACCUUCCCAGCCAGGAAUUCCUUCCCAAUAUCCCAUCCAUCCCUGCCCUCUGGCAGUGUGCAGCCAUUCCCUGUGUCCUGUCCCUCCAUCCCUUGUCCCCAGUCCCUCUCCAGCUCUCCUGGAGCCCCUUUAGGCCCUGGAAGGUGCUGGAAGUUUCCCUGCAGAGUUCCCUCUCAGUUUAACCAAACAUUCCCACCUUGGCACACAGGAACAAUUCAAACAGUUCAAUUCAGCACUUCCUUCCUUCAGAGCUCUUUGCUUACACAAAUCUUUCUUCUGGAGAGCUUUGGAAGUCUCAGUUCUCUUUCUCCAGGGCCUUGGAGAAAAUAAAUGCUGUUGAGAUGUGGGAAUGUUUAUAAAUCCAUUGGAUAUGUGUGAUAAAUUUGUAAAGAGUGAUGCAGAAUAGAGAGACGCUUUCAAUUAGGGUUGGGUUUGGUUUUUUUAUUAUUUUUUUUAGGAAGUAGAUGGAAAUAGGGAGUUUGCAUCAGGAUUGUGGGAGGCCACUCGACCUUCAGGGUCUCCUUGUCACUGGUCCCUUCUGGCCUUAAUUGUAAAUCUAUGACUCCAAAGAGAUAAAAUGUGUCUUUUACCUUUAGAACUUGCUGAGAAUAUUGAACAGUUUAUAGAGAUUUGAGUUCUGGAGGGGUUCUCUGCAGCAAGAACUUUCCAUCAGAGAACACGUUGUGCCUUAUGUCUCUAGCCCCAGUUCCAGUUCCAUACAAUAAAAAUCUUGUACCAUUACCCCAAAAAUUCAGCAUAAAUAAAAUUUGAUCAACUACAAUUAUUUCUUUGGGCUGCAGUGCCUCAGCAGCUGAUUUCCACAAAUGCCAUUUGCAGAGGGAUUCAAAACAUCCCCCAGCCAGCACAAGCCCUCUUGCUAAACUGGUGUCUCCUUAUUUCCUGCAUGGAGCCUGCAUUCCUGGAAGGAAUUCCUGUGGGCUCUGAGCUCAGCCCUCCUCAACUGCUCUGAGCCAUUUGCUUCCCCCUGAAGUUGAUUCUCAGCACUGAAUUAUUAUUUUCACAUUAUUUUCCCAGAUUUCAGUGCUUCUCAUAGAAAUAAUUUCUUUUAUCUUUCAUGCAAGCUCCUUCACAUCCCAAUAAUUCCAUUUUACCUGGUUUGCCUCUUCCGACCUGCUCUGAUCUGAAGCUGUUGUCCUUGCAGCCUCCAAGUAAGGGAUUUAUGUUGUUUCCUCCCUGUAAAAAGCAAUCCAGUGUAGGGCAGAAACUUCCAAACUUUCUACUCCAGGGUUUCCCAGCUCUCAGACCCUUCUCCUUUCCCUCCUUGCAGUUUGGAUGGUUAGAAAAUCACAGAAAUAGCAAUUUUUAAGUUUAAUUUUAGUAUUAUUAUUACUUGGUCUGUCUUCUUUUUUUACUGGGAAGAUUUGUUUACUGGGAGACAUUCCCCUUUCCUUUGGCCUUUUAGAUGGUGCUGUAUCCAUUACUUACUUGAAGUAUAUAUGAAAUAAAUAACAAUUUUAUCUACUUUGGCCGGUUAAAAAAAAAUCAAUCAGCUCAUAAAUUCAGCCAGUUUACAGCAGGUUCUUCACUUGCACAAUCCUUGUGAAAUCAGGGGGUUGGAGACAGGGAUAGGGACAAGGUGGAAAUGUUUUUUUUUCAUAGAAUCAUGGAAUGGUUUGGGUUGGAAAGGACCUUAAAGCUCCUCCAGUUCCUGCCCCUGCCAUGGCCAGGGACACCUCCCACUGUCCCAGGUUGCUCCAUCCAGCCUGGCCUUCUUUUGUUCCAAUUUAUUUUGCCUUGCUUGUGUUGGAACCUGCAUUGGAGCAUUGGAUUUUCCUGGAUGGAACCUUCAUUGGAGCAGUGGAUUUUCCUGGUUUGGGUGCCUGUUUGUAAUGGGGCUGUUUGGGACAGGAUGCCUGGAUUUGCGCAGCUUUCCCAGGAGUCUGCUGCUUCCCUUGGACACUUCAUUUAUCCAGGGUUAGGGAUCCCUCACUGCAGCCAGAGGAGCUUAUCAUUAUUAUUAUUCAUAAGUUGGUUUCAGCUUGAAAAAUCAUUGGAAAAUCUUGAAGUCACUUUUCCAAAUGAAAAAUUACAGUGAAAACAGUUUGGAUUUUGAGCUUCCCAUCUUCCAGUGUUAUCCACUGAAUUUUCUGUUCCUUUUUUUUUUGGUUUUUGUGUGAAUUUGGGUGUCAUCCUGAGCCUUGUGCUGACCUGAAGCUGGUUUUUGGUUGCUGUGGGGUCAGAGCCCUGUUUGGUCUUUCGGGAGGGACAGAUUCCCCAUUCUGUCACCCAGUAAAAACCCAAAAGCAGAAUCCCUUUUUCCUUGCUGUUGGCUCCAGGAAUGUCUUUGUGAAUGUCAUCAAAGCCUCCCUGAUUUUGUGCUGGAGUUCUGGAUGGUUCUGGGCAGCAUUUCUGCCCCCAGUGCUGCUGGCUGAGGCUGGAGAGCCCCGUGUCCCGUUGGGAGUCAGAUCCCAUGGGAUGGCACCGUGGGACAGGCUGAAAACCCAGAUUUACAUUCAGUUGAGUUCCACAGCAGUUCUGUCAAAGGGUGAUGAGUCAAAGCCAGCUGUGGCCAUGGGGAAAACCAUUUUCCUGACACAUUGCCUUGGCUGUCUUCCUCUUGGUCUUCAUGAUCCUCCCAAAGCCCGGGAAGUGGGAGAUUUGUGCAGUACUUCUUUCAUUUUAGUUGGUUUUUUUUCUUAAUGUCAAUUUAAAAAGUGCCUAAGUGAGGAACAGGACUCCAGAGUGAGCUGGAGGAACAGGAUUAGACCUCAUUUCCCUCUUGAGAAAAGAGCCCUCCCUGCUUCCCUGCACACAUCCCUCCAGUGGGUCCAGCAGAAUUUGGCUGGACAAACUCCCUGUUCUUUCCUCAUGCUGCCCCCCUUGGUUCUCAGUCUUUUGGGGGGAUCUCAUUCCUCAGCCAAACGUUUGCAAUCUCUGAUCUGGGGUGGGUGGCAAAGAGGAUGGAAUUCAGUAGGAAACUGCCUCUUGGAUUGCAGAUACAAAGAGCUCUGCGUGAUAAACAUCCAUCUCUGGGUGGAAAAAGCUGAUGUGCGUCUUUAAUCACCUCCUUUGGAAUCACAGAAUGGUUUGGGUUGGAAAGAACCUUAAAAAUCAUCCAGCCAUGGGCAGGGACACCUCCCACUGUCCCAGAUUGCUCCAAGCCCCAUCCAGCCUGGCCUGGAACAUUUCCAGGGAUGGGGCAGCCAGAACCCCUCUGGAAUCCCAAAGGCAGUUUCUUCCUAUAUUCUUAAUUAUUUCUGCAUUUAUCAUAGUGGCACCUGCUAAACAUGUCCAAAUAACCCUAACUAUUGGCAGGUGGUUAUAAUUUUGUAAAGGUGAGAAUUUUAUGUAGGUUUAAAGAAUAAAGGUAUCAGUGAUAGUUUAAAAUAUUUCAUUACAGGAGAAUUUCUUCUGACCACAGUGAGAGGAGGUAACAGAACACUAUGAAGGAGUUUUAGUAACACUUUAGGGUUCAGCAAAUGAAAGCAAUCCGUGUAUAAAUGUUUUAUUUUUCAUUAGCAACAAAAUGUUCUCCCUUUGACAACAUCUGAGGUGGGAAGGGACUGUUGGCAAGGAAAGCUGUGAGGGCAUCCCUGCAGAGGGCAGGAACUCAUCCUCUGGGGAGUGGAUGGGUGUUGGUAGAAGGCAGUGAUCCUGUGGGAAUCCAUUGCUGGAGUCCUGAUGGAAAUGGGGACAUUUCCUGAUGGAAACCCUCUGUGGCACACACAGCCCUUGGCCCUGCUCCGAGAUGCCUUCUGGAAGUGAGGAUUCCCUGAGGAGUGACCCCUGCAGGGGUGUUGGUGACAGCAGGUGGGUGCUGUCGGUGAGUGUGGCAGCCCAGAGUGAGGGCACAGUGGAGCAACCCCAGAGCACACAGAAACAGCAAAACCCAGUGAAGGCUGGGGAGGCUCUCACAUCCGAAUGCUGUGCGUGCCUCGACUUUGUCCCACUGUGAUCUCAGCCUGUGGCUGGUGCCAGCCGUGCAUCUCCUGGCUGGGCUGUGCUGGGGUGGCUCCUGUCACUUGAGUGUCCCCAGAUCCAUCAGUGUCCCCCGUGUCCCAUCCCUGCCCUGCCCGCUCCUCCUGUCCCCCAGCUGCUGCUCUGCCCGGCUGGGCCUGUGUCUCAUCUGCUGUUGUAGGUGUCCUGCCUACCUCAAGGGGUAGCCAUGGGAUCCUGGAGCGGUGUGCUCACCCUCUGGGCAGUUCUCCAUGAGCACUAGCGCACACUCACACUCACACUCACACUCACACUCACACUGGAAUGUAUAUUCUCCUCCCCCCCAGCCCCCAAAUAACCUCUUGACCUGAUCCUUGCUGUAGCCACCACCAACUCCUCUUGCAAAUUGGAUGCUGCUUUAAAUGUGAAAACAAAUGUUCAAGAAGCUAUAAAACCUGAAUGAAAGCUAAAGCUGAAUUUAUAAAGCCUUGUUGCAUAUGAGCCAAAAGUGCAAAAAGCUCUAUAUAAUGAACUAACCUGCCACUCAUAUAAAUAUAAAUAUAUAUAAAUAUAUUAAAAUCAGACUGUUCUACAAAAUUGUGUAUUUGUAUUUUUGUGUACGUACAAUUUUCUGCUAAGCAGAAGGAGGAUGUAGUAUAGGAUGAUGUGAGAAGAGAUUUUGUUUAAUCAUAUUUCUUUGUUACUUAUUUUUGUUAACAUCCAGAUGCCUGUCUUUGUCUUAUGUGUAUGACACUGUUCCAAAGGUGCAGUAUCCCUCUCCUGCUGUGUGUCCAACCUCCUUCCUCCACAGGGAACGAGUCAGGUGAUGCCCCUCAUCAUCAUCAUCCUCAUCAUCAUCAUCCCCUUCAGAUCCACCCUGGUCUUGAUCUUGAGGGCUGCUCGUUCAGCUGAAAGAUGAGAUGUUUCAUUUCCCAGCUCCUCUUCGUGGUGAAGUUGAAUAUUCAUGUUCUGGUUGAUUCCUCUGCUCGUAGUUGUUCCCUAAACACAUUUCCAUGGUCUGCUGCUGCUCCUCAGCCUGACAUUUUGGGGGAAAAAAAAUUAUGGAUUGGAUAGGUUGGGAGGGAGGAUGAGCAGAUCCUCGUGGUGGGAAGGAAGAAAGUGCUGGGGUGGUGCCAGGGGUGAGCCUCAGUCCCACCCCAUGGGGAUGGAGGAAGCUCCUCGAGUUCCCGCACUGGCUGCUCCUGGAUGGGGUUUGGCUGUCAGGAAGGAGGGCUGGGGAGUGAUGGGCUGUGACUCCCCCUGUGCCCCCUCAGGAGCAUCCACCCUGCACCCCUGGGGCUUUGGGGCUCUUUGGCUCUUUGGGAAGGUUGGAGCAGCCUUGAGAGGGAUCCAUCUGUUCUUGCCAGUGAAGGCCCUGAGUGUUGGGAAGAGCAUUCCCAACUCUUCUCCCACUCACUGCCUUUACCUGCAAGGUGCUGGUGGCUCCCUGUGAGGAGAAAAGGAACAGUGCAGGAAACCUGAGAGCCCUUGGUGUGCUUGGGAAUUGUUGUUUAUCCAUCACAAAGGGCCAAAGGAGACUGGAUAGAGCAGGAUGCAGUGCAGUAACUGAUGGGGAGCUCGGGGCAGGAGAUGAUGGAGCUUCACCUUCAGCCCCACCACAGCCCCUUGAGGAAACUGGUCCAGCCUCCACCCCAAAUGCAGGUGAGGGUCAGUAUCCAUCACACCUUCCCCUGGCAGCAGCUGCUGUGAGGAUGAACCAUCAGCCUCUCCCCUUGUGCCCUUUUGGGUUUUUUGUUUAAUUUAAUCCCUGUCUUUGUCAGAGCUGACCCAUGGCCGGGGGAGAGCGAUACUGCACCUUUCUACGUAGGGCUCAUAUUUAUAACAAUGUGUAAUGACUGUAGCAAAAGUCCUUGUUUCUGUAUGUGAAUGGACAGAGAAACAAGUGCUCUAUUGUAUUGAUUAAAAUAGUUCAAAUGAGUCCUGUAUCAUUGUAUCUCCUAUUCUGGAUUAGUGCCUUUUGGACAGUAGACUGUUCUGUAAUUAAAAUGUAGUAUAACUGCUUUUUUGUACAGUUUUGUUUUAAUAAAACUUUUUUUUAAUUUGUGUUUAUUUUAGUAUUGUACCUAUUAGAAAAUAAAAACGUAUAACUCAACACUGA